CCCCCCUCCCCGCGGCGGGGUGGUGUGGCCCGCUUCGAGGAGGGCGGGGAGCGGCGCACGGCGCCUCCCCGCGCAGUGACACGCGCAGCCGGUGCGGGGAGGCGGCGGCGGCUGGUCGGGGAGCGGGAGGCAGCGAGAGGGCGUCGUAGCGGCGGCCGCCGGGAGCCGAGCCCGCAGCAUGGCAGGGGCCGAAGCCGCCGCGGAGGCUGCCUCCGGUUUCUCCCCUUCGCCGGCUCCUCCCGCCUACCGGGAACUUUUUCCAGUGACCGGCGGUGGCGGUGCCUCCCCCCGGUGGUGGUGGUGGCGGCAGCGGCGGAGGAGGCAGCAGCGGCAUCGGCUUCGCUCGGCGGUGCCUCCCGGGCCGGGUCUGGGGCUGCUCGGGCUGGUUUUCUCUCGCUUCUGCUGCAGUGCCUUAGCUGGACCAAUUGUUGAUCCACAUGUGACAGCAGUUUGGGGGAAGAAGGUUGCACUGAAAUGCAUAAUUGAUGUAAAUGAAACAAUAGCACAAGUUUCUUGGGAGAAGAUACAUGGUAAAAGUUCACAGACUAUUGCUGUUCAUCAUCCUGAAUAUGGAAUAUCUGUUCAAGGAGAAUACCAAGGAAGAGUGUCAUUUAAAAACUACUCACUUACUGAUGCAACAAUCAUCUUAAAAAAUGUAAGCUUUUCUGAUGCAGGAGAAUAUAUUUGCAAGGCAGUUACAUUCCCACUUGGAAAUACACAAUCAUCAACAACUGUAACAGUACUAGUUGAACCUGUUGUGAGCUUAACAAAAGGACCAAACCCUCUAAUAGAUGGUGCAAAUCGGACAGUAGCAGCCACUUGUACAGCAGCCACUGGAAAACCUGCUGCAGAGAUUGACUGGGAAGGCGGUCUUGGUGAAAUGGAAUCCAGCUCUACUAUGUUUCCAAAUGAAACAGUGACGGUUGUAAGUCAGUAUAUGAUUGUCCCUACACGAUUUGCAAGAGGAAGACGUAUAACUUGUAUUGUGAGGCACCCUGCUUUGGAAAAGGAGAUAAGAUACCCUCAUGUGCUGGACAUACAGUAUGCCCCAGAAGUUUCAGUAACUGGCUAUGAUGGAAACUGGUUCAUUGGGAGAGAGAACGUUCAGCUCAGAUGUAAUGCUGAUGCAAAUCCACUACCUAUGGAAUUUAUGUGGACCAGGUUGGAUGGACAGUGGCCUGAAGGAUUGCUGUCUGUCAACAAUACACUGCAGUUCAGCAGCCCAUUGACUUACAACUACACUGGGACUUAUAUCUGUAAGGUGACUAAUGCCCUUGGUCAGAGAAGUGAUCAGAAGACUAUCUACAUAUUAGAUGUGCCAUUUAAGCAGACAUCUUCUGUUGCUGUAGCAGGGGCUGUGAUUGGAGCAGUCCUUGCUCUUUUUAUCAUUACCAUCUUUGUGACGGUGCUGCUGACCCCAAGGAAAAAAAGGCCAUCCUAUCUUGACAAAGUGAUUGAUCUUCCACCCACUCAUAAACCAUCCUCAUGUGAGGAGAGAGCAUUCUCUGUACCACAGGAGGAAGCUAUGUUUCAGAAAGAACAUUUUGCUUUGCAAAACCAGUACAGAGAGAAAGAUGCUGGAAACUUGGAGCAUAUGAAAGCUGUGAAUGGAAGGCAGCCUACUUGCGAGGCUGAAGAGCCACAGGAACAAGAAGGUCUUCAUGGAAUGCAUCCUGUUUAUCAGCAAACAUACUACAAAAAUUGGAGCAGCAGAUACCCACAAAACUCAGGACCUGGAAGAGUCUACAUCAAUCCAAGGGAGCAUUAUGUAUAAUUCUGUACCCAGAUGUCUUAACUUGUAAAAUACAUGGAUUUUAAUACCGGAAUAACCAAUGUGUCUUGUAGGCUUUCAUCUCUAAAAUAAUUGGUCUUCUCCUGUAGGAGGAAUUUGCAUGGAGGAUUUUAUGGAGAAUUUUGUAUAGGUAGACCCUAUGGAAUUUGAGUUUUAACUUACUUCUAGUCUUUUGGUAUGUAUUUGCUCUUGUAGUUAUAUCAACCUGCCAAAAGAGGAAAGCGAUUUAGCUGUAUUAACCUCCAUAGUCAUAAGAUGUACAAAUUAGAUUAAUUGGUUGACACAUGCCAAAAUGUAGUUAAGGUGUUUCCCUGGUUAUUUCUGGGAGCAUUCUCUCCCUGAAUGGAUAUUUUACAGUAACCUUCUCUGUGUAAAAGUGAGUAAAUGUGAGCAAGACAACUGAAUCCCUGGUGGCUUGUGCAGUCUCAGGCUGAGAGUCGGGUUUUUGUGUCUUAGAAAGCUUGGGAUAAUUAUCAUUUUGGCUGACCUUAGCUAUUGAUUUCUCAACUAGCUCUACCUCUCCAAGUCAAAUGAGCAACUAGACUACCUCUCAAAUACUGACUUGCUGUUUCAUAAUGUAUUUUGUGUCCUUCCACCUUUGUAAAAGUGAAGCAAUUUCCUUAUAUCAGAAACGUUUUGUUUUAUAUUGAUCCUGGCCGUCAGUUGAUGUACUCGCUGGUUGUAGUUUCACAGUAGAUAUGUAUGAAACUUAAUUGCGGGAAGUAGAUGACUGAACAGACAAAACUUCCUGAAAGUGUCUUAUGUGUAGCUGCAUCUUACCUACAAAUUGCUAUUUAGCCAUUUUUCCAAGUAUGACUCCCAUGUUAAGUGCUGCAUAGUUUAUCUUGCUUUGGUAAUAAAUACACAGUAAAUACAUUUCAUGUUCUUUGCUUUCUUCUCAGUUUGCAGUAAAACUGCCUAUGAUGUGUUCUUAUAUCUUAGUAAGAAAAGGAAACUUCAGUAGACUUCAAGUGGUUUUCAGCACUGUCCUUUAAUCUUAACCAGUAGUGUGCAGUAACUGGAGAAUGUCCUUAUGUUACCAGUGCUAACAGUACUCCAUAUGAAGUUUUACAAGUAUGGGCUAAUAGUUGAAAAAUGUGCUCAGGAUCUUUUUAGAAAAAUAAGGUUUCCUUUGGAGUAAAAAAGUAAGUAUUUAGCAAUAAAAAAAAUUGUAUAUAAUGUAUUAGUGCUGAAAUGAGCUCACAAGACAAUCUUAAAAUACUUUAGGACAGAAGGAGAUAAGACACUGACUAAAAAUUUGCUGGAGAAACUUACAGUUUAUGUGCAUUUUGUACACCUAAGUACAGAGUAAUGAUUUUCAAUCAGAUGACCGUAAUACAAAGUGAGAAGAAUGGCUGUGUCAUACUGAACUAGCUAUUGGUACAGAAUUAAACUUUGCUUCUGUGAUAUUAGUGUUUUCUCUGCAGAUGAUUGGAUUUUUCAUAGAGAAGGGUCAUAGUUGUAGAAGCAAUGGAAUUGAAAGCUAGUCAAGUGUGCUGCAGGCAGGAUGCUGUUAGAAAACCAGUAUUGAACCUGCAUUCAUCUCCAUCGUAGUAAAAAUUAGAGAUCCCUAUCCACAUUAGGGCUAGGUAAAUAUUUCUAGUUUGCUACAAGUAGCAGCUAGAUGAUUAUGUCUUAGGUGCCCAUGUUCUGGGCACUGUACAAGUAAAUAUUAACUGUUCUCUUGCCGAGCAACUCUGUUACAUUAAUGUGGAUGAAGUUGACAGCAGAAGGAACGGUAAAGAAAAAGGUUGGAGAGAACCUGUUUCUUUGGAGCUUUCUUUGAACCACUGUCAGCUUGCUUUUCCCUUAGGGGCUGAGCACAUUCAUGUAAAAUCAGCAACUGUUUUCUACUUUAAAGCCUCCUCCUGCUGUAUUUGAGACCUAAAGAAGGGCUUGUGUGCCCCAAAAAUAUAUUUUCCAAUGUCAGUUUAAGCAGCUACCUCUUGGCACAAGCAUUGCCUCACCUAUCCUUACAUUACUGCACCUGCAGAAAACAUCUGCUGCCAGAACAUGAAAAGAGAACAGUGUCUUGACCAAAUGUUAAAGGAAAUAGAAUGGCAGAUCAUUGAGAUGAAUUACACUGCCUGAGAUAAUUUGAUCGAUAUCACUGAGCAAAACUUCAUACAAAAAAUAUUUGGAUAUACAUUAUAUGGUGGCUCUAAACAGUGCUAUUGUGAUAAUGCUUCUACUACAUUCAUUAGUACAAUGAUAUUGAGCAGGUGAUCAUUUUCAUUCUCUAUUAUGUUGGCAGAUUGAUGUAAAAAUCAAUUAUUUUGGGUUCAGACCUCUUCUGCUUUUUAUUCUUGUUUGCAGGUACAUUUUUGUUUGAGGAGUUGAAACGCUGGGGGAAGGAAGGAUGCCAUUAAUAAAGCUGUAACUGCUCUUUUGAAUUUGUAAAAACAGCUUAAAGAAAAAAUGUAGUCCACCUGUGUUGCCCAAGUUAUGUAUCAACAACCUACAGAAAGCUUGAAUUACAAACUACCCAUCAGCACCUAGUUGUCCCUAAAGUCAUUAGGGAAAUAGUGUGGUGUGUUUAUUACCUGUGAGAAAUGGUUUCUUUGUCAUCUGUUCAGGGACCUUUGUGUUUGUUUUUUGAAAUGUUGCUUGUAGUCUUAGGUGUGCUGGAUUUUGGGGGAGGUGAUUUGGCAUAGAAUGCUCUGAAGAGAACAGAAAUGUCCAGUAAUUAGGAUUUCGCACAGAAAGGAUUGCACAUAUAGAAGUUUGAUCUGCCUUUUUAAGAUGUAGAAAACGUCCUUUAUUUUUGUACAUUCUCAAAUGUUUGUAUUUGUAUUUUGAUUUGAAUAAAAACAUUCAAAAUGGAAACUUUU